CGCCUGAGCUUGUCUCACCACGAGUUUCCACUGAGUAUACUGUAGCAUUGAACAUGUCUGUUUCUUUUAACGGUACAAACAUUUCUAAAACUACAAGUCAGAUGAAUGUCAUGAAUGACAGUAAUGGAGAAGGAGCUAGACAAGGGAACCAUGGGAACAUGUUUUACACGGUGCCCUUACUGUAUUGUGUCAUUUGUCUCCUUACCCUCAUAAUGGUUCUUCUACUGAUCAUAUUGCUCAAAAAUUACUGCAAAAACUGCACAGUUAACAAGCCAGAGUCCAGCAUCGAAGGAGGCACUUUUCGCAUGAGUGAUAUCGGUCAUAACCCGGACCUCGAAAAUCCUACAAACAACAUUGUCAAUGAUUUAAACAAUUUACAAUCCUACACUGCAUGCAGUGAUGAUUCAUCCUCUACUAGUUCUGACAGCUUGUCCCCACCAUAUGAAGAUAAACAUGACAACAAUAACCAGCAUUACAUGAGUUUGAAAACCAGCCUUCAAAAUCCAGAGUAUGAAAAUGUUCUUGAAGGCAAAUCCACCAGAACUCUAAAUUGUGAAAACAAGAAGGCAAAGAAAAGCAGAGACUAUGUGAACAUCGAAGAACAAAAGAAUAUGCCUUUAACUCAGGGCAGGAAAAGCAAAUGCGAGAGGCAACAAGGAGACGAGGAGGAGAGUCAAACCAGCAGCGAGAGCAGCAGCGACGAGAGUGAAGAAGAUUCUGUAAAUUACACCAUGGUUGUGUUUAAAGAACCUCCAAAUGUAGUCCAAAGAAAGCAGUAAAGCUGGAUUUACUGCUGGAUUUACUUUUUUUUUACUGAAUUCUGUCCAUGCAGUCCAUAAUCAUGACAUAAAGACUUCAAAACAUGAUCUAAAAUAAGUGCUUUAUUUUCAGAGCUGGUUUGAUUUGUCAGGUGAUUAUGUACAUGAGGUAUAAAGUGAUUUCUACCAUAUAAGGCAAAAGAAAAUGAAGAAUUAUUUUUAUGAUCUGAUGAACGUACCCUGUGGUACUGAUUAUUAUCAUACCUAUAAUAUCCUGUUAGGAAGGAACUGCUAUGUGCAGUUCAGCAGGGUGGCAGGAUAAAAGGCUUAUUUUCGGUUUCUGUGUUUCUGUGUGUUAGUCAUUAAUCUUCUUAAUACACUGUGAGUUUUUUUGUAUGUAAACUUUACAGUUUCAUUUAGUCAAAAUUCUUAUUGCAAUAAAAUUCUGACCUUGA